CGAGACGCGGCAGGAGCCCGGCCGACCACCGCCCCGGAACCGGGGCUGCGGCUCGGGGCCGGGGCCCUUUCCGCGUAAAAAAACCGAGGGAGGUGCCCCGGGGACGCGAAAGGUGGCGGUGCGCAGCGAACGGCAGGGUCAGGGGCGCUCGGCCUUGACGGCGUCGGUGGUGUCCGGAGUGCAGAGCUGGCGCCGGGAAGCCUGGGAGACUGUCCCCAAACUUCUGGAGACCCGCCUGCAGUUUCGCUUUCGGAAUUUUCGGGAUCUUUGGGUUUCUAGAGUUGGGUGGGAUUCCGGGAAGAGAGGGCGCCAGGCGCUGGUCCUAGGGAUGCGCGUUCCCCUUUCAGUGCAGUAGUCAGCACUCUUCACCCCAGCGCCCCCUCUUCUGAGUUCCCGGACCCCGCGGGCGCGUUGGAGGGUUUGGGGCUUCCAGCCUCGCGCGCAGCCCCGGCUCCGGAGAGCAUCCGCCCCGCACCGCGUUUUGUCGGCUCCAGCGGCGCGGCCGCUGCGGAUCCGAGCCCACGGGUGGGCAACCGCUUUCGACCAGGGCAGACCCUGCCUGAAUCCGCCUCCAUCGGCGCUGCCCUCCACUUUCCUUUACCCUCCGCCCUCCCACCGACGCCAGGGGACCUGGGAGACCGAUUCGAGGGUCUACACCAAGCCAGUGGAUCCAGGUUUCACCAGGUAAUUCUUGCUGCGGGAUGCGUUAAGAGAGGAGGACCCUUACUCACUAGGCAUGGAGGGCAGCUUGUCCGCGUCCAGCAUGCAGGAACCCGCCUCCUCACCCCCGGAGAAACAGCAGAGCUCAGCGAGCGGUCAUGGAGGUCUCGAUUCAGAAGAAGGUUCGGGCCUGGAGGAAAUCGGCUUUAACUGGGGGGAGUACCUGGAAGAAACAGGCGCCAGCGCAGCCCCUCACACGUCCUUCAAGCACGUUGAAAUAAGUCUUCAGAGCAAUUUCCAGCCAGGGAUGAAGUUGGAGGUGGCCAACAAGAACAACCCCGACACGUACUGGGUGGCCACGGUCAUCACCACGUGUGGGCAGCUGCUGCUUCUGCGUUACUGUGGAUACGGCGAGGACCGCCGGGCCGACUUCUGGUGUGACGUGGUGAUCGCGGAUCUGCACCCCGUGGGGUGGUGCACACAAAACAACAAGGCCUUGAUGCCCCCGGACGCAAUCAAAGAGAAGUACACAGACUGGACGGAAUUCCUCAUUCGUGACUUGACUGGUUCCCGGACAGCGCCGGCCAACCUCCUGGAAGGUCCUCUGCGAGGGAAAGGCCCUAUAGACCUCAUUACAGUUGAUUCCUUAAUAGAACUUCAGGAUUCUCAGAGCCCUUUUCAGUACUGGAUAGUUAGUGUGAUUGAAAAUGUUGGAGGAAGAUUACGCCUUCGCUAUGUGGGAUUGGAGGACACUGAAUCCUAUGACCAGUGGUUGUUUUACUUGGAUUACAGACUUCGACCAGUUGGUUGGUGUCAAGAGAAUAAAUACAGAAUGGACCCACCUUCAGAAAUCUAUCCUUUGAAGAUGGCAUCUGAGUGGAAAUGUGCUCUGGAAAAAUCUCUCGCUGAUGCCGCCCAGUUUCCUCUUCCGAUGGAAGUAUUUAAGGAUCAUGCCGAUCUGCGAAGCCAUUUCUUCACAGUUGGGAUGAAGCUGGAAACAGUGAAUUUGAGCGAGCCCUUUCAUAUCUGUCCUGCAUCCGUGACCAAGGUUUUUAACAAUCAUUUUUUUCAAGUGACUAUUGACGACCUAAGGGCAGAACCCAGUAAUCUCUCGAUGCUGUGCCAUGCGGAUUCUUUGGGGAUUUUACCAGUACAAUGGUGCCUUAAAAAUGGAGUCAAUCUCACGCCUCCCAAAGGUUACUCCGGCCAGGACUUCGACUGGGCCGAUUAUCACAAGCAGCACGGGACAGAAGAAGCCCCUCCCUUCUGCUUCAGAAAUACCACGUUUAGUCGGGGUUUCACGAAGAACAUGAAGCUCGAAGCCGUCAACCCCAGGAACCCAGGAGAGCUCUGCGUGGCCUCUGUGGUCAGCGUGAAGGGGAGGCUGAUGUGGCUUCACCUGGAAGGUCUGCAGACUCCUUCCCCUGAGUUCAUUGUUGACGUGGAGUCCAUGGACAUCUUCCCCGUGGGCUGGUGCGAAGCGAACUCGUACCCUCUGACCACACCGCACAAAACCAUCUCACAAAAGAAGAGAAAGAUUGCAGUCGUGCAACCAGAAAAACAAUUGCCAUCCACAGUGCCUGUUGAGAAAAUACCUCAUGACCUUUGUUUAUUCCCUCACCUGGACACUGCAGGCCCUGUCAACGGGAAGUACUGCUGUCCGCAGCUCUUCAUCAACCACAGGUGUUUCUCGGGCCCUUACCUGAACAAGGGCCGGAUCGCCGAGCUACCUCAGUCGGUGGGACCGGGCAAGUGCGUGCUGGUGCUGAAGGAGGUUCUUAGCAUGAUCAUCAAUGCGGCUUACAAGCCUGGAAGGGUGUUGAGAGAAUUACAGCUGGUGGAGGAUCCUCACUGGAAUUUUCAGGAGGAGACGCUGAAGGCAAAGUACAGAGGCAGAACGUACCGCGCCGUGGCCAAGAUCGUGCGGACGUCUGACCAGGUAGCAGAUUUCUGCCGGCGGGUUUGUGCCAAGCUGGAAUGCUGCCCAAAUCUGUUUAGUCCCGUGCUGGUUUCGGAGAACUGCCCGGAGAACUGCUCCAUUCACACCAAAACCAAGUACACCUAUUACUAUGGAAAGAGGAAGAAGAUCGUGAAGCCCCCGAUAGGGGAAGCCAGCACUGAGAGCGGACACCCGAAGCCCGCCAGACGCAGGAAACGGCGAAAAUCCAUCUUUGUGCAGAAGAAGCGGAGGUCUUCCGCCGUGGACUUGGCCGCGGGCUCGGGGGAGGAGAGCGAGGAAGAGGAUGGGGAUGCCGUGGACGAGGACACGGGCAGUGAGGAGACCAGCUCUGAGCUCCGCGAUGACCAGACAGAUACCUCUUCAGCCGAGGUCCCCUCCGCGCGGCCCCGGAGGGCCGUCACCCUGAGGAGCAGCUCAGAGCCCGAGCGCCGGCCACCCGUGGAAAGGCCUCGAAGGGGCCGGAGGGCACAGGCUGCUUCCUGUACCGAGGGGGCAGAGCAGGGUGUGGCCACCGGCCAGGACCCGGCUGAGGACACAAAGCAGCAGGAGGAGGAGAGACUCGUUCUGGAGAGCAACCCGCUGGAGUGGACCGUGACCGACGUGGUGAGGUUCAUCAAGCUGACGGACUGCGCCCCACUGGCCAAGAUCUUUCAGGAACAGGACAUCGACGGGCAGGCGCUGCUCUUGCUGACGCUGCCCACGGUGCAGGAGUGCAUGGAGCUGAAGCUGGGGCCCGCCAUCAAGCUGUGCCAUCAGAUCGAGCGGGUUAAAGUGGCCUUCUACGCCCAGUACGCCAACUGACGCCGCCCUCUCGGAGGGGACCGGCGCUGUGGUGGUGCAGCGUCUUGGGAAAGUUUGGGGACCAGCGCUUUGUUUUUUGGGUGACGGGAGCUGAUACACGCACUUAGUAGCACCAGAAGGCAGCACAGAGGACCUCCAGCCUCUGUGCCAGUACCACGUUUUCAAGCACACCCGCCACUGCGGCGGGGGCCCCUGGAGUGCUGGGCACUGCGGGAAGAGGAAGAGCUGCUCUGUACGUGCACCUCUCGGCUUUCUCCCUCCGCAAGCCAGGCGGCUCCUGCGAAGGGCCCUCCUCAGCCACGGCCCACUUGGCUUUGAAAAUGAAGGCACAGGUGAUGUCUUUCCUGCACGUAUCCAGAGAGGACACCAGCCGGUGGCUUUGCUCUGCUCGCUGGUGACGAUGCACGUGUGGCUGUGGCUGCACGGAUGCUGAUUUGAUCUCAGUGGCAGCUUCAUUCUCAGACACACUGGUUUCGGGACGUGGUUGUAAAAGGAUGGGCUAAACCCACGUCACCUGUCCCAGCUGCCUCUUGGGAAGUAGGAGGCUUGAAGGAGGCGGUAUGUCAUUGCAGUGAGGCCAUUCUUGCCAUUCUAGACAAUGGAUGUCUAGAGCCUGUGGAGAGUUCCGUCUGCAGUCUCUUCUAGAACCUCACUUAUUUCUGACUUUCUCAUUUCAUUGUGACCAGAUCAGGGAGUGGGUCCUUGAGUCUGCUGGGAAGUGCUGAGCUGUGUAUCGAAGGAAAAGCUUAAUUUCAGAGAGGAGUGGGAAGAGGCUUCAGGAAACUCUUAAUAAGCCAGCUGUGUCCCCUUAGAGGGAUCCUGCAGUGAGUGUCUCAAUGAGACUGGCUCGGAUCCCAGCCCUGGGCUGUCCGGAGGAAGGCCGUGUUCCCGACGGGAGCCCAGGCAGCAUUCUGGAUCAGUGACCUGCCUCAGCCCUGCUCUUCUGCUGGUAUGGCUGAUGGCCACUGCUGACCCCGGGUGACCAUGUCUCUCCGGACCCACUCGUCCGCCUCUGCUCCUGCUAAGGGAAGAGUCUGACCCACCCCCACGAGACACGAGACGAGGUGGAAGAGAAUCACAUCCGCGCCGUGUUUGCCAUUCCUGGCAGCCCACGGUGGCCUAGAGGGUGCCCCUGACACUUCUCGGGGAGCUCAUCGGAUCAGUGAAGUCACUUGUGGGGAGAUCUGUGACUCUGAGAAUUGCCUGAGUUGUUUGUUUGUUUUUGUUGUUGUUAUUAUUAUUAUUUUUGUACCAAG